AUGAUUUUGAAAUUAUUUUUUAUGUUAGUGUUAUUAGAUAUAGUGAAAGCUAAAGUAUCCAUUGAAGUUGAUGUAAGUAAAACUGGUAAUGUCACACUAACUCAUUCAGGGAUAGAAGUUAACGUCAUAACAGACGACGAUAUUAGACAAUUUAAUCUCAAAGAUGCAAAUUUAAAAGCAGCAGUGAGCAAACAUUAUAAAAGUGGAAAACCGAAAAACGUUUAUCUCAAAAGUCCUACGCCCUGGGGCGAUUUAUAUAAGACUUAUCAUUGGGAGCAAGUGUCAAGAGUGCUGUCGAUUAAAUCUGUAAGAGUAAAGAACCUCACUAAAAAUCCUAUAAUAGUGAUGUCCCAAGACUUCGAGAAUCUAUCAACUCAACCAGUAAAAGUCAACACGGGGAUUUCACAUACAAUUGAGAAUACACUAACAACGUCGUGGUCAAAAAAUCAAGAAUUUACCGUGUCACAAGAGAUUUCUUACGAUGUAAAUUUAAUUUUUGCUAAAGCAUCUGGUACCACUGGCUUUUCUUACACUACGAAUUGGGGAGUUAGUGAGGAGAAAACGAAAACUGAGACUGUCGGUGCAAAUACAGGUAUGGAGACUGAAUUAAAGCCGGGGCAAGCGGUGACCGCUGUCCUUUCAGCAACCGCUGGUUUUCUGGAGAUAGAAGUGAUACAUAAAAUGUCUUUAAGAGGAAACUUGGCAGUGAAUUUCAGGAAUCCCUUUAAGAACCAUCAUUUCUGGGGUCCUCCUAUACUGUCUGUUUUAAGGAGUGGGGGUAUGGCUACUGAAAAAACUACAAUAGAGACAAUUAAAUUCGGUUAUCAUGUUGAUGCUUCACUUAAAGUUUUUGACAAAAAUACUGGACUGCCUCUGUGA